AUGAGGGAAAUGGAGAUUCGACAUGAUCUCUGUGCGAUCCCGGACUUGUCGUUCAAUGCAAGACGGAACAAUUCAAUUGAUACUCAACAGAUUGUCUCGAAAACCCAACACCCAGCAUCUAGGGAUUCAGGGACAGAGAGAGACCUUUACAGGAAUUCUGGAACGCCAACAAGGGCUUCGCAGCCCCUGUGUCUAGAGGUGGCGUGCAAACUGGACUUCGUCCGCUAUUAUAACCCGUUGUAUCACGUGGGAUUCUCAAGGUUCCAGCUGUCAAGAUGUCGCGAAGGAGUCAAGGACUACUGGCUCCGGCGGAAAGGCAGCUCUCGAGCUCGACAGGAGUCCAUCCAAUAUAUCAAUUGGGAAAGGAAGGAGAUCCCCCAGAGCGCAAGACUUCUCGCUUCCAAAUACCAUUUGAAACCGAUUGGGAUUGCGCUCUAUUUUAGUGGAUUUUGGUCCCAGUCUUAUGCAUCAUCAGGUCGGAGAAUUACGACCUAG